GCACCUGAACUUCCUUGAAAUUUGUGCAAUGAGGUCUCUGCCCAACUCAGCCCAGUUUCGUAGUAGGCCAGGGCGUUUUACGCCGGCGCGUCUCUCUUGCUUCUUGCAAUCUUUUUCGACUUCUGUCCAGAGGCUAGAGGACAACAAUGACGAUCACGACUCGGUACCACACGCUCUCGCUUCCACUCCCUUCUGAGCAGCGUCCGACGCUUCUCGUCGCACACUCGGUCGUUCUCCGAGAUCGCUCGCUGAUGAUCUGGUGCGGUGGCGCCGAGGAGCUGCAGGGCCACCUGCAGUCGCAGUCGAGGAUGGCAGCAGGUGCCAAAGCAGAGCAGAGCGACACGUCGGCGUCUUUGGCGUCAUCAUCGUCGUUACUGGUCGAGCAGGUAAUUGCAGAGCCGACACAGCAUCAGGAGCCGGAGGAGGUUGCUCCGAGCGGCUUGUUGACGUCGGAGUGGGCCAUCGCCAUGGCAGAUGCGAGAGCCAAGACUGCCAAUGCGACCUCGCUCUUCCGCACCAACGCCGACUUGGCCAGGCCAAUGGCCGCGCGUCUCGGUGAGAGUCACUGCCCUACUUUGCCCUGCCUCAUGCCGAGCUGAGCUUCUCUUUCUCUUUUUCUUGCCUCUUUCUCGCCUCAGCAAAAAGGCACGGCGCUUCGCAGCUCUCACUGUCGCUCUCGCUCCCACCUGCCUUGCUCGCUUCGGGACCUCGGGCGCAAUUGGCCGUCGAAGGUGCCCUUGGAGAUGUGCUCAAGGAUGUAUUUACGCACUUGCAAUGAUG